AAGCUCUGCUGGGAAACCUAUUUUCUGUCACUCUACUUCCUAUUGUGGCAGAAUUUAUGAGACCGGGAAAUAUUUUGCAAACUAGAGAAGUGAUACAGGAAACGUAUGAAUCAGUGAAUAUACAGUAUCUUUGUCAUGCUUUGACUGAGAAGGAAAGAAGGAGAGAUUUCAGCUUCAAGUGAGACAUCGGGACUCAUCAAGGGAGUCAAGAUGAGAAUCCUGACAUUUCUCACGUUUGUCAAUCUGCUAAUGCAUCAAAGCUUCUCACUCUCCAGACCACAGUGUCACCUCUGUGAACAAACGGCCUGUAACUGCUCGAGGCAAAACCUGAUUCUGGUCCCUACAGCACCUUCAAAGCUCAUCACUGAACUCGAUCUCUCAUUCAACAGACUGCAAACAAUAAUGAAUAAUGACUUUGUUGCAUUUGCCAGUUUACAGACUUUGAUCAUGAAUAACAACAGAAUCCAAAAGAUCCAGGAGCAAGCAUUUGUCCCUCUGACUAAUUUGGAGAAAUUGGACUUGUCCUUAAACAGACUGGAUACGCUGUCUGCUGGAUGGUUUGAGAACCUUUUUUCUCUUCAGCACCUGAAUCUUUUGGGGAACAAAUAUAAAAUGUUGGGUCAAGGCAAUCUUUUCCAGCCACUGAAGAGAUUAAAGACCCUACAUUUUGGAGGACCUGACCUUCACUCUAUCAGAAAAAGUGACUUUUCUGGCCUCAGUCGUCUUGAAAAGGUUGUUUUGGAUGGAAGAAAUCUGCAAGUCUAUGCAGAAGGAAGUUUGCGACAAAUUGAGCCAAUUAAAUAUGUAACACUUGGUCUGAAUGGUCCGUUUCUGACAAAUCAAGCGCUAGUAGGAGCUAUACUGUCUGAUGUUGCACACCAAAACACAACACUGACAUUCGUUGACACAUGGUUCUUCGCAGAUUAUCAAAUGUUCCCAUUUAAAGUGAUCCGAGACCGCGGAUCUACAAGUGUUAUCUUUAAAAAUAUUAACAUGACCGUUCCAGCUUGUUUGGAAUUUCUAAAUUUGCUGUCAGACUCGAAUUUAACUACGUUGGCAAUGGAAGAUACUCAAUUAAUCUUAACUUCUGUGGGUGGCAUCGCGUAUCCCCCACACAUGGACCGUUUGGAGGCUAUUGUCUUAAAAAACGUCGAUGUCCCUCGGUUCUAUAGCUUCCCAGCCCUCUUUUUCCUGCAACCUCUGCUGAACGUAGUGCGAAGGGUGUCCGUGCUAAACUGCAAGGUGUUCCUCAUUCCUUGUGAAUCCUCUGUCGAUUUCUCAAAGCUGGAGUAUAUGGACGUCAGUGACAACUUGUUUAGUGAUCUGGCUCUUAGCCAAAUGAUGUGCGAUGGCAAAGGUGGUCUUUGGAGUCUGCAAACCUUCAACAUCAGCAGGAAUUACCUGCACUCGAUCAACAGCCAGCUCUUCACCAAACUAGAUAAGCUUAAAAACAUUGACAUGAGUGGAAAUGUGUUUCGUAGUAUGCCUGAGACGUGUUACUGGCCACCAAGUCUCCAAUUCUUAAACCUUUCAUCAACACGUUUAGCAAAAGUGACCACUUGUUUGCCAAUGAGUUUACACAUCCUCGAUCUGUCAGACAAUGACUUGACCGUGUUCAACAUCGAACUACCUUUUCUCACCGAGUUAUACAUCUCCGGCAACAAAAUCAGUAGUUUGCCAGAUGGGGGUUUAUACCCUUGUCUCGUGUUUCUCUCUAUUCAAAACAAUAACUUGCAGACAUUCAGCAGCAAUAAUCUAAAUGGCUAUAGUAAUCUGACGAGUCUGGAGGCUGGUUCUGACACGUACGUCUGUUCAUGUGGCUUUGUAGCGUUGAUGACGAGUGACUGGACGAAUCAUCGAGUCACCUUUGGAGAUGAGUUCAAGUCGUACAUCUGCGACUCCCCGGACGCCGUGAGAGGAGAGAGUGCGGCAGACGUGAGGUUGUCAGUGUUUGAAUGCCACACAGCUUUAGCUUUUUCUGUACUCUGCUCCGGCAUCCUGCUGGUGUUUCUGCUCAUUGCAGGUUUGUGUCACAAAUUCAACGUUGUGUGGUACAUGAAGAUGACCUGGGCCUGGCUGAGAGCCAAGAGGAAGCCAAAGUUAAAAAAGGGAGAGCUCGAGUAUGACGCCUUUGUGUCCUACAGUGAAAUGGACUCUGGUUGGGUGGAAGCACAUCUGGUCCCGGAGCUCGAGCAGGCCGAGCCUCCUCUUCGGCUCUGCCUCCACAAGAGAGACUUUGUUCCCGGAGGAUGGAUCUUGGACAACAUCAUAGACGCCAUCGAGAAGAGUCACAGAACUCUGUUUGUCCUUUCUCAGCAUUUUGUCAGGAGUGAAUGGUGCAAGUACGAGCUGGAUUACACCCAUUUUAGAUUGUUCGACCAAAACGAUGACACGGUUGUGCUGAUUCUGUUGGAGCCCAUUGACAAAGAGACCAUCCCCAAGAAGUUCUGCAAGCUGCGGAGAGUCAUGAACUCCAGGACAUACCUGGAGUGGCCCGAUGAUGACGGCCUGAUGCCCAGGUUCUGGCAAAGCCUGAGAACAGCUAUUAAAAGACCUGAUACUGAUGAUGGAAACCGUUUACAGUUUGACAAUGUGGACUUUUAAUUUAGUGUUUUACUUUGAAGUAGUUUUUUUCCCCCUUUUUUUUAAAUCUGUAACUUUUGAGAGCCUUUCUGUGUCAAUUUACGUGUGGAAAAGCAUAAAAAUGGAUUGUUUCAAUAAGAAAUCUUUGGUCAUACAUUGUGCCUCCUCAAUAUUUGUUGUAUCCAUUCAUUCUUUGAUUCCUCCAUGCUUGGGGUUUGAAAGCCUAACCAGCACGCAUUUGGCAACCCUGGCUCCUAAAACAAUUACGUUUCUCUACCACGUUGUUGUUGUUGUUGUGCCAAUUAGGUUUUGUGAUGAAAUGUAAAUGCUGUCUGGAUUAUGUUCCUUGGCAAAGUUUUUUUUUCUAGUGUACUAAGCAUUACAUUGAUGUCCCCCACAUCAUAGGGAGGUAUGGAGGUGUAUGUUGGGUGUACAAAGUGCAGGACAUGUCAGUAGUCUAUCACAGGGCAUAUUUGUUUUGUUUAACAUUACAAGAUGUACCCCAUUCUUCUGAUUCACUGGGAUGCUUUACACCUGCACAAGUCUUGAAUAUGCUGUAAAUAGGGCCUGUUUAUUAUGUAUUAUGUAUUUUUAAGAAAUAAUGUCAGUAAUUUCUUGAACAAAAUACAGGUAGUGUGAAAGUAUGCAUUGUAAGACAACAAGUUGAGUUUAAGUUUUGAUGACAUAAAAUGCGUGCAAAAGGAGUUAACAAAAGAGUUAACAUGACAAAUUAGUUUAAUAGAACAAAUUAUAGGAUUACAUUUUUCUGGUAAAAUGAAUUUAUUCUGCAAAUGUGCAUUACCCUAUAUGUCAGAGGAACGGAUUAUCAUUAAUCCAAUCUAGAACAAAUUUAAACACUACUGUUCUUACAUCUUUUGAAAAUGUGUUAAUUUCUUACACAUAGAACAGCCUCCUAAUCUUUAACAUCAGUGUGUGUGUGUGUGUGUGUGUGUGUGUGUGUGUGUGUGUGUUCAUGUGCUUGUGUGCCUAAAAGCGUGUGUAAUUCAUUGUCAGGCUCUUGAGAGCUGACAUAUUGCCGCUAUUGAUCUUUAGUCCUAAAAUCAACACAGAAGCCUGGAUACUGAUGACAGGCAGGCCAGGGGAGUCAGGGUGUCCUGAUAACACACACACACACAUAUUAAUGCUAACAUGCACAUAUAAACAGAAGCACAUGCACAUAUUUACAGAGUUACAGAUGUGAUGGUUGGUAAAAUCAGGACUUAAUCAGUGAGACUUAAAAUCAUCAAAUCAUUGCUUUUAUGAUUGACACGUUACAUACAUGCACUCAAAUGUUAUCCAUACAGUAACACACUAUACGUUUACUUUAUUCUGUGUUAUCUACAGUAAAGUAAACCAGCAUGACUUUAUCUUUCAAA